AUGGCAAGAGCAGCAACCAGGGCCUGGGUAAGUGAGGUUUAUAAGGGCUCCAGGAGUGUGGUGGAGGCAGAUGAUUGGCUACAAGUGGGGGUGAGAUUUACUGAGAAGGGCUGUACGGUUCUGUCCCGCCCCGAACCCCUAGUCCCCCCUGAGAAGCAGACGUACCUUUUGGAACUUAAUUUCCAGAUUCGGUUUGUUGUGCGUCUUGAGGAGGAGGAUGGGACGGAAGACAGCAGCCGAGUGGAGCCUGUGGGCCAUGCAGACACCGGCUUCGAGAGUGUAACCAACUUUUCUCUGGAUGAUAUGGUAAAGCUCGUACAAGUCUCCAACGAUGGAGGGCCUCUGGGCAUCCAUGUAGCGCCUUUUAGUGCUCGAGGCGGCAGAACCCUGGGGUUAUUAGUAAAACGCAUGGAGAAAGGUAGUAAAGCUGAACAAGAAAACCUUUUUCACGAGAAUGACUGCAUUGUAAGGAUUAAUGAUGGCGACCUUCGGAAUAGAAGAUUUGAGCAAGCACAGCAUAUGUUCCGCCAGGCCAUGCGCACGCCCAUCAUUUGGUUCCACGUGGUGCCCGCGGCCAACAAGGAGCAGUACGAACAGCUGUCCCAGAAUGAGAGGAGCAGCUACUACUCCAGCCGCUUCAGCCCCGACAGCCAGUUCCUGGACAGCAGGGCCACGGGCAGCGCCGGGCGGGUCCGGGUGCCCAGAGCGAGCCUGGCUUCCGAGCAGACAGACGCUCCCCCAAAACUCCCUCACGACCUACACCCCUCCGCGAAGCCACCCACAGUCCCAGCCCCGCACAGUGUGCUGGGCUCGAGUGCAGGCAGUGGUUAUAACACCAAGAAAGUGGGCAAGAGGCUCAGCAUCCAGCUUAAGAAAGGUACAGAAGGCUUGGGAUUCAGCAUCACUUCCCGAGAUGUGACAAUUGGUGGCUCAGCCCCAAUUUACGUGAAGAACAUCCUCCGUCGAGGGGCAGCCAUCCAGGACGGGCGGCUGAAGGCCGGAGACAGACUAAUAGAGGUGAACGGAGUAGACUUAGCAGGCAAAUCCCAAAAGGAAGUGGUCUCCCUGUUGAGAAGCACCAAGAUGGAGGGCACUGUGAGCCUGCUGGUCUUUGGCCAGGAAGAUGCCUUUCACCCAAGGGAGCUGGUGUGUAAAUUCAGAGCAUGUGAAAGAUUUCUGAUGCACGUGAACCAGGCAUCUGGGUUAGCUCCAUGCUGCAUGUUUAUGGAGUAG